UGCCCAUGCGUGCCACCGAGAAGGACGCAAAGAUAACGACCUCCUGUCUCUACGCACCGUCAUGGAUGGUCGGUCUACCAGCAACUCAGGUUGCGGCCAAGACCCAUGCAAUGUGCUCCGCACCCUACACCGAGCGCGUCGCUCCAUGGUUCCGCGAAUUGUACCUGCGUCAGUCCCCAUAGACGGUUCUCACCGACGCCGCUGUGCCGCAUCAUUGGGCCCGACCGACACAUCAAUGCGCCGGCGUGGCUGCUUCGCACUGGGCCCGCUUGUCUCAUCCCUUUAACGCGCUCUGAUGCCCGCCAACAGCCGACUAUCCCACCCCACGCACCGCGGCCCUGUAGUACAAGGCCAGACGUGGUGCUCAUUGCGCUGUUUGUCGUCGCUGUCAGGUUCAACUCAAACCCCCGCCAAUCAGAAGUGAAGCGAGAGUCCAACCGACACAGUACGCUCGCUCCCUCAUCGCUAGCCUACUGCACAGAUGUGCGCCUACGACGACGCCAUCGGUGAAACAACAGAAUGAAGCGCCCACGCAGCACCUCCUCAUUGGUGUUGACUGAACAACAAUGGCCGUGUCGUCCUCUGGUGGGCUUUCCCGUUUGACUCACCGUGAAUGGUCUUCCAAGAGCAGCUUCACUUGCUGCUCAGUGCACGCCUCUGGUACGUAGUCCAUGUCCAGUCGCCUCUUGCCUUGGUGCGGCUCCAGCAGACAUGGUGGA